GAGUUUAGGAUAAGAUCACAAGAGCCCACUUCUGCGGCACGCUCAUUCACGCACAUAGAGACGCACACUCUAUCCCCCAUGGCAGCUCUUUGUUCCAUCUCAAUAGCUUCCAUUUCCACUCCACCCAACCCAAACACAAUCCCAAAAACCCAACUCAAUUUCUGGUCUGUAAAACCUUUUCUUCAUCCCAUUCACUCAUUUCGGACCCCCAAAACUCCGCCAACGAAGACAGCACCCUUAUUUUCCACCAACACAGUCGAUGAAGAUCAGAAACGAAACGAACAAUCUGUGAGCAUCGACGCUCUUCGCCGCUUCAUCAACCUCAAUUUGGGCCACUGGACUGGUUCCUUCCACCAAUUCGAUGCUCACGGGAAUUUGAUGCAUAAAGUGAGCACAAAACUUGCAGCUAGUUCUUAUGGUGAAGAUGAACUCCUCAGUUUAAUUCAAACCUUAUACAUCAAGCAACCCUCAUCAGGCACUUCAACUUCUGGAUAUGAUUGCGAGCCUGAAUGGGCAGAGUACAAAAUCAAAGAAACCAACAUGUUUACUGUGGACAAAUAUCAACAGGUUGGACUUUUCCCCAAUGAGAAAGCCUUUGCACUACGGUACCAGACAGCUGGCAUGUUGGAAACCGUGUUGAGGCAAGGGGUACUAGGUGAAGAUGACAUUGGAGAGGAAUCACCAAAAAACCUGAAGCUUCCCUCUCGUCAGCCUUCUAUUGUAUGUGAGAAUUGCCUUUAUUCACUCGAGAAAGAUAUGCGAGCAAGAGCAUUUCAUAUCAUGGAUCCAAAAGGCGUUUUAGAAAUGCUUCUUAUCUUCCUUGAAGAAAGAGGUGGUGCAGUGCUUAUUCCUCCUUCCCUUGACAAUUCUAAGAAUACGGACAGGAUUAUGCCGUUUCUUGGCAAAUGGAAAGGCCAUUCUAUAACUACUCGCAGUGGUAUUUAUGGAUCUACAAUUGCUGAAGCUGAUACAAUUUCUAUCCUUGGAAUUGACAACAUGGGUCAGCUAUUUCAGGAUAUAACUUCCACAUCCAGUGGAGGUGAUGUUACCACUAACGUGCAAUGGACGGGUACCAUGUCUGACAACUUGGUUACAAUUGAUGGCGGUUUCCAAAUAAUCUUAUUACCUGGGGGCAUGUACAUGGGAUGCCCGUGUGAUGUGGCCAAGUGUGUGGCAGAAUCCAAGUCCUUCCAUUUGGAGUUCUGUUGGCUUGAGUCACCUGGCAAGAGGCAGAGGCUGGUCCGCACUUAUGAUGUGGAGGGCUUAGCCGUGUCAUCAACAUACUUUUCUGAGACCAAACUCUGACUAUGCCAAUGCCACAUUGAUUAAAAAUUUCAACUCGCAAAAGUUGUGUCUUUUAGCAGUUGAAUACAGAAACUCGUCGGAGUGAUGUCCGUUGCUUCGAGCUAACCUAACGGCGCCCCCUAUUAUGGUCCAUCGCCGAUUGCACCUUGCGAAGGAGGAAAAGAAAGAAAACGAAGCAGCAGCAGCUGGAAGUCUCAUGAUUGAUUAUGUGUAUAAUUGUGGUAUGCAUAUGCUAAUCACUAUUGCAGAAGUAUGUAGUUUCAUGUUCUAUUGGGCAA